AGAGGGUCUGUCUGGGUGGUUUUGGGGGGUCUGUCUGGGGUGGUUGUGGGGGGUCUGUGUAUGACUGUGGAGGUGUGACCUGGAGCAGGAUGGCCAGGCCUCUCCUGAGGAUCCAACGCUACUUCCGCAGGAAACCAGUCCGUUUCUUCUCCCUCAUCCUCCUCUACCUUACGGCCGGCAGCCUGGUGUUCCUGCACUCUGGCCUGGUGAAGGACAGCUCGCGGGGGGCAGGGGGGGCCAGGGAACCCCUGGUGGCUUCUGAGGCCGGGGGGAAGGCUGCGGCGGGGAGGGCGGCGCCCUCUGACACCCGGGCGUUGGGACUGGCGGGGCGGGCGAUGAAGGUGACGAGGCGCUCUGGACGGAGGUACGGGCCCCCGUGGAUGAAGCAUGCUGGGUCGGACAGUCCCGACUGGAGGGGUCCUGGGGGAGACUACACCAGCAGCUGGAACCGUGCCCUCAAAGGACGCAGCGCCAAAGAUCUGGACGACGGGCGAGCUAAGUACAUCGGCUGCUAUGUGGACGACAUCCAGAAGAGAGUGCUCAGGGGAGUGUCCUUUUACGACUACAAGAAAAUGACAGUCUUCCGUUGCCAGGACAACUGCGCAGAAAGGGGGUACCUGUUUGCAGGGCUGGAGUUUGGGGCUGAGUGCUUCUGCGGUCACAAGAUCCAAGGCCCCAACGUGUCCGACGCCGAGUGCAACAUGGACUGUAAGGGAGAGAGCAACACGUGCGGAGGGGCCAACCGGCUGUCCAUCUACAGGCUGGAGCUGAGCCAGGAGUCUGCUCGCCGCUCAGAACAUGUCAGGCGUACGAUUGGUGGUAUGCAGUCCUGGGCACCAGAAGAUGCUUGUUCCUGUCAUUCAGCACUCCAAGUCAUUUUCUUUUCAUUCGGACCAAAAGAGAACGGGAGCGCCAUAUUCAAAGGCUGUUUCCAUCGUCCGGACAACGUGACGUUGGCCUUGCCUGUCAGCGCGGUCAUCCUGAACAUGUCUGUCGACAAGUGUGUGGACAUGUGCACUGAGAAGGAGUUCUCCCUGGCGGUCCUGGCCGGGGACAGGUGUCUGUGUGGCUUCCCCACGCGCCACUUCUCCCUCCACGAGGUGGAAGGAGAGGACCUCUGUCAACACCGUUGCCACGGCGAGGAGUUUGAAAGCUGUGGGAAUGACCAGUACUUCGUGGUGUACCAGACCCAGGUGCAAGAUAACCGCUGUAUGGACCGGCGUUUCCUCCCCACUCGCUCCAAGCAGCUGGUGGCGCUGGCUAGCUUCCCCGGGGCGGGGAACACCUGGGCCCGCCACCUCAUAGAGCUGGCCACCGGCUUCUACACGGGGAGCUUCUACUUCGAUGGUUCCCUGUACAACAAGGGGUUCAAAGGCGAGCGAGACCACUGGCGCAGCGGGAGAACCAUGUGUAUAAAGACCCACGAGAGCGGGAAGAAGGAGAUCGAGGCGUUCGACUCCAGCAUCCUCAUGAUCCGUAACCCCUACAAGGCCCUCAUGGCCGAGUUCAACCGCAAGUACGGCGGCCAUAUUGGAUUCGCCUCCCAGGCCCACUGGAGGGGGAAAGAGUGGCCGGAGUUCGUCAAGAACUACGCCCCCUGGUGGUCGUCCCACACCCUGGACUGGCUCCGCUACGGCAGGAGCGUCCACGUGGUCCACUUUGAGGACCUGAAGAAGGACCUGUUCUCCCAGCUCAAGGGCAUGAUCGUCUUCCUGGGGACGGGGGUGUCCGAGGAGCGGCUGCUCUGCGUGGAGGGCCAGAGGGACGGGAACUUCAAGCGCUCUGGCCUCCGCAAGCUGGAGUAUGACCCCUACACCCCAGAGAUGCGCCAGAGUAUUGAUGAGCUUGUCAAGACAGUGGACGCGGCCUUGAGGAAGAGGAGUCUGCCAGGGGUGCCGGAGGAUUACAGGCCCAGAUGAUAGGACAUCCCUCUCUCUCUCAGUCUCUCUCUCUCUCUCACACUCCCUCUCUUUCUCCCUUUCUCCCUCUAUCGCUCUCCC